UUUAGAAAUUGAGUGAACAAUGCAAAAUAAAGAGGAGAAAUAAAAGUGAAAUUGAAAAUUAAGAGAGAGAAGUUAGAAUGCUUGUUUGGGAAGGAUGAAGGAUGUAAAUGUAGAUGUGAGCCAUGCUAAUUGCUAAUUGCUAAUUGCUAAGGUGGUGGUGGUCUCACUCCUCCCCACUAUACCUAAACACAACCUACUCACUUCUCUUUUCCUACACAUAUAUAAAAUCAAAUUUCAUUUCACUCUUCUACUUCUCAAUUAAUAUAUGCAUGUAACCUGCAAACUUAGCAAAAGCCAAACAACUUAAAACAAUAUAUUAGUGAUGAUCCCUUCAACAGCUCCAGCAACAAUAGUAGUAGCAACUCCCUUAGAAGUUGAUGAUGUUAAAGAGCUUCUUUCUUGGGCAAUCACCAUUCUCUCUCAUCCCAACGACACCAUUAUAGCACUACAUGUUAUAGUAGGGAAGGAGCCUAAGAAACUUGUACCAAAGUCAAGAGAUUAUAAACGAUUUCGCCAAGCUAAAUCUUUUCUUCUUUCUGUCAUGGGAGAGUUUGCCAAGACUUGCCAAGUUAAACAGGUACAUUUAGAGGCUAGAGUUACAUAUAGCUCGAGUGUGGGGAGCGGCUUAGUCGAAGAAACCAAGAGAACAGCCACAGAAUUCCUACUUCUUGGAGGGCCAAAACUUGAACGAAAUAGAAGAACAGGAAACACUACUAGAAAGUAUUGCAAGAAAUAUGCCCCAAAAAGGUGCUCAGUUAUCUCAAUUGGGCAACUAGAAAAAGAAGCAGCAUUAGAUUCAUCAAUCUUUAAGCAGGGAAGAUCAUCAUCACAUUCACAGGAGAAGUCUCCAAGGACAGUUUUGAAUGGAGUUAUUGAAGAUGAUGAUAACUCCAGUUUUGGCGAUUCCAGUAGCAACUCUGAUUCAUACAUAGCACCCAUAGCAGCACCCGUAGCACCCAUAGCACCAGCACCAGCACCGACGACAACAACCAAGGAUAAUGAUAAGGAUAAGGAUAAGGACAAGUAUAAGGAGUCACCGUUAUUAAGACGUGUUGCGUCCUUUUUCUUAAGGAACACGUCAAGUGGAAGGAGAAAAAAUAAUGAGAAAUGUAACAUUAUUGAUGGAGUAGAAAAGCUCCCACAAACUUGUUUGAAAUAUUAUAGCUAUGAUGAGAUUUCAGAAGCUACCAAGGAAUUUCAUCCAGAUAAGAUGGUAGGACAAGGUGGAUACUCAGAGGUAUACAGCGGAGAUCUGCGUAAUGGAGACAGCAUAGCAGUGAAAAGAUUAGCCAAAGACAACACUAACCCAAACAAAGAGAAAGAGUUUCUCGUGGAAUUGGGCAUAAUUACUCAUGUUUCUCAUCCUAACACGGCAUCUUUACUUGGUUACUGCAUUCAAAAUGGUCUCUACCUCAUCUUCCCUUUGUCUUCUAAGGGAAAUCUCUUCAAUGCCCUUCAUGGUAAUACAAGUAAGUUACUAGAGUGGCCGAUGAGGUACAAAAUAGCAUUAGGUAUAGCAAGAGGACUUCAUUAUUUGCACAAGUGUUGCAAACAUCGUAUCAUACACCGUGAUAUCAAAGCUUCCAACGUCCUUCUUGGACCAGAUUAUGAACCACAAAUUACAGAUUUUGGCCUAGCAAAGUGGGUCCCUAGCAAUAAGUCCACUCAACAUGCUGUUUUACAAAUAGAAGGCACGUUUGGAUAUUUAGCACCAGAGUACUUCUUGCAUGGAAUUGUGGAUGAGAAGACUGAUGUUUUUGCGUUUGGCAUUCUUCUUCUAGAGAUUGUGACUGGCCGAAGACCUAUUGAUUCUUCCAAACAAAGCCUUCUCUUAUGGGCUAUGCCAUUAAUGGAAUGCGGAAAGAUCUCAGAGCUAGCUGAUACAAGAUUAGCAGGUGAAUAUGAUGUUGAGCAAUUACACAAAAUUGUACUUGUUGCCUCUUAUUGUGUGAGACAUUCCUCGGCUUGGCGUCCUUCAAUGACUGAGGUGUUGGAGCUUCUAUCCAACGGUCAGGACUCUGAGAUUGCUAGGAAAUGGGGUCUCCAAAAUAGUUCAUCCGACGAAAUAGAUGAUUAUUCUAUGGUUUUUGGAUAUAAUGGUCCUGUUGAUAAAGAUCUAGAAAAAGCUAUUGCAGCUCUAGAAAUUUAGAAGAGAACGAAAUCUAAUUAUAACAUUAAUAAAUUUAUUUUUGGGUGUUGUCAGGUAAUGUUAUUAUAUAGUAUCUGAAAAUAUUGUAUAUAUUUUUGCAAAAAUGGACAUUAUUAUACA